CCUUUCACCCGCCCCCUUCUCCCACCACCUUACCCCGCGCAUGCGCAGAACGCCUCUCCCUCUCUCUCUCCACAGGCCCUACGGGUUGGUGCGGCCUAACCAUGAAGCUCAACAUCUCAUUCCCAGCCACGGGCUGCCAGAAGCUCAUCGAGGUGGACGAUGAACGAAAGCUUCGCAGCUUCUACGAGAAGCGCAUGGCCACGGAGGUGUCCGCUGACUGCCUGGGCGACGAGUGGAAGGGCUACGUGGUGCGCAUCAGCGGAGGCAACGACAAGCAGGGCUUCCCCAUGAAGCAGGGCGUGCUCACCAACGGGCGCGUGCGUCUGCUGCUUAGCAAGGGCCACUCGUGCUACCGCCCGCGUCGCACGGGCGAGCGCAAGCGCAAAUCGGUGCGCGGUUGCAUCGUCGACGCCAACCUGAGCGUGCUCAACUUGGUGAUCGUCAAGAAGGGCGAGAAGGACAUCCCCGGCCUGACCGACACCACCAUCCCUCGCCGCCUGGGACCCAAGCGUGCCAGCAAGAUCCGCAAGCUCUUCAACCUCUCAAAGGAGGACGACGUGAGGAAAUACGUGGUCAGGAGACCACUCACCAAGGAAGGCAAGAAGCCGCGCUCCAAGGCGCCCAAGAUCCAGCGGCUGGUGACGCCGCGCGUACUGCAGCAUAAGCGCCGCCGCAUCGCCCUCAAGAAGCGACGCACGCUCAAGAACAAGGAGCAGGCGGCUGAUUACGCACGCCUGCUCGCCAAGAGGCUCAAGGAGGCGAAGGAGAAGCGGCAGGAGCAAAUCGCCAAGCGCCGUCGCAUCUCCUCGCUGCGCGCCUCCACCUCCAAGUCCGAGUCGAGCCAGAAGUGAAGCGCUCCCCAUGCUGCCUUGUCGGCGCGAGGCUUGGCUGUGGAGCUGCGCUCAUGUCAGCACCCGCGCAGCUCUGUAACAUGUCGUUUGCCACAAUAAAUGGACGUCGGAAAAUUGA